UAAUCAUUUUCUUACUGUCAAGAAACCAACUCUUACGAUCUGUCCUCUCACUAUGGACCCUACAAUUAUCAACACGGGAGUAAUGCUGGGAUUGUCGCUCGUCUCAGGCUCCUCCGACUUGUUGCGCACUUGUAAUUCCCCUGACCGCGUCACUUUGAAAUGUUUCAUUUUUGCCUUAUGUCUUCUGACCUGUUUUUAAUCAAAGGAGAAGCCAUUUCGAGAAGUUAUUUUUUUCUAACUUUUGCUCUGAAAAGACUUGGAUAUUAAAGACGCGGUCGGAGAAUACCUUUGUUGGGUGAAAGUCCCUGGCAGGUGAAAGAGAAACGGGAAUUUUUUGACAGCGUUUCUCCUGCACGCGCUUGAGUGCACGCGGCUUUUGAUGCAGGAAUAAUUCAAGGAUUUGAACAUGAUCUCAGCGCAGCUUCUGAUCAGCUGCCGCACACCUGGGCUCUGUGUUCAGAUACUUUAUAGUGUUCUCUUACUGUGGACCAAAGAAAUGCACGGACUUUCGGACUUCUCAAAUUAUUUGCUUAGGAUCAUCAACAGUCAUUCAGCACAAGCCUGUGAUGGAGAUCUCCUACUCCUCAGGUGCCCAAGACACUCAACCAUAACUAUUCAGUCUGCAUUUUAUGGGCAGAGUGAAGCCCUUCCCCUUAUUGUGCCAGGAAUGAGAUGCCAAUGGCGUAAUCACAGCUGUUCUGCCACCACAGCACUGCAGAAAGUGCUCUCUGAAUGCCAAGGAUAUAGAGAUUGUCAGCUUCUGGUUAGUCAUCAAGUCUUUGGCCUUGAUCCUUGCCCAGGAACCCCCAAAUACCUCCAUGUAUCAUACAGGUGUAAACCUACGGAGCACAAAAAGAGAGUCACAUGUGAGGGAGAUCGACUUUUGCUGAACUGUAAGUAUGCAAAAGUGCUGAAUAUCUACUCAGCUAUUUAUGGUAGAAUAAUGGAGGAGGAAGAUCCAUGCCUAUCAAAGAAGGGAGAACAUCCACCUUUUGAAUGUCUUUUUCAUGGAGCCGUGGAUGUGGUCAGAAACAUCUGUUAUGGCAAGCAGAGGUGUUUGUUAGCCAUAGAUGAGGAACAUUUUAAUGACCCCUGCCCUCCUGGAACAAAAAAGUAUCUCUCUGUUCUCUAUGCUUGUGUUCCACAAGCUUUACUCAAGUUAGCUGAUCCCAACAGUUUCCAAACUACCUCAGUUCCUAACCAGACAACCAAAGCAGGAAAACAUCCUGUUGUCAGAAGUUCAAAGUUUCCAGACAACAGGAUUAUUAUCAGCAAUUCAUUAAUGGCAUAUGGCUACAUCACAGAGCAUCCAGAGAUGGCAGGCCUACUCUUCACUUCAAGUGUUUGUGUGGGAAUUCUCAUUGUUUUAGUAGCUGUUUCAACACAGAUAACCUGCAGGAGACAUUUUAGUGCACCAAGAAUGCUCAGUAAGAAGAGUAAAUUAACUAUGCUAGAAAAGAAAGAACCAAUGAAUCAAGACAAUGAUGAUGAGGAGGAUGACAAAGGAUCAGAUUCAUUGCUGGAUAGCUCUAACCUGUCAGAGAUCGGCCAGAAGAUGUAUUGCUGGGAGGAUGUUACAUAUACCACAGAGGCAGCAGAGCUCAUGGAGAGAAUUGAGCGACGAGAGCUUGUGAUUCAGGAGAUCAGGAUGAAUGCAUACCUCAAUGGCAACACGUGCAUCCUACAUUCAGACAUGCCAACUAUUAAGCAGAUUGUACAGUGAA